AUGACCAAGCGCUUGCUGCCAUGGAUCAGUGUCUUGGUCGUGCUGUCGACGCUGUGGCGCUCGUGCAGCCCGGCAGCUGGUGCCGACCCGACGGCCGGCUUCAUCGCCGUCGAGGUCACGGGGGACCGGUUCAAGCUCCACAAGCCGUACGACCUACCGCAGGAGCAGCGCUACGAGCUCCGUGCCGAUGGCGUGCGGCGGUUCUGGGUCUACUGCGACGACAAGCCCUUCCGCGCCGGGAGCCCCACCAAGCCGCGCUCCGAGAUCCUCCUCAAUGUAACGUACAGCUCCGGGGUGUGGCAGUUCGAGGGGUACGGCUACGUGCGGGCCGGCACCACGGGAGUGUCCGUGAUGCAGGUGUUCGGCGCGGCAGGCCCGCCGCGCAACACGACGCUGAUGCUGCACGUCUACGGCGGACGGCUCGUGUACUACAACGAUGAGACCAAGGUGGUCGACGACCACAUCUACGACCGCUGGUUCAGGCUCAACGUGGUCCAUGACGUCCAAGCGUCGGCCCUCACCGUGUUCAUCGACGGCGACAAGAGGCUGGUCGUCCCAGGCUACGGCGGCGACCUCCACUACUUCAAGUUCGGGGUGUACACGCAGACAGAUCCCUCGCACUACAUGGAGUCGCGGUGGAGGGAUGUCAAGGUCUACACCAAGACUCCCUACUGA